AUUUUGCUGGCAUGGGUAUUUCAAAUCAAAAGCGUAAAAUUUUAUCUCUUAUCUCCUUUUUUUUUGUAUUAUCCUUCCUCGAGUCAUUUGUUAGUAUUUCAUUUUUUCGAUCUGGUUAUAUUGGUCAUUAUCUCGCGGGUCGUAUACGAAUAUACGUACGGAAUUACGGAAACCUAAGUACUUGUAGCCGUUUGUGUUCUUGGAAACCAGAAAUAUGGUGAUUUUGUGUAAAAUCGUAUUAUUUAUCGAGUAAUUUAAUUGUUUUGUGAUUGCAUUGUGUUAUAGACUUGAUAUUCUGAGAUCACUGAUAAAAAUGAACGACAAUCCGGCCAAAUUACGUUCACUGGCGGCAAAAUCCUCGUGUAUACAAUUAGUCUACGAAUGGGCCGCCAGCUGGAAAACACCAGCAAUUGAUAAUGGGAUAAAUGGAAAAAGCUACGGUACGUGGUCGGAUCAAAAUUGGUUUAUUUGGCAAAUGAACGAAAUGCAGAUACCCGGCAAGCCAGUGAUGCCGAAUUCGGUUCGCGAUCAGAUCGAGUACUAUUUACCGUCGAUUUUGAACCAGGUCACGCAAUGGAUCCGUGAACACCAAAGACUAAAUUUCUUCCAAGAUGAACCGGCGUCUCCGUUGAACGAAUACCUGCUGAAAUUGAUUUGGAGACCGGAUCGAUCAAUCGACUACGCAGCUACUGCGAAAAACGUGUCGGCUGGCUCGAAUUUUAACCCCAUGGAGAAGUAUAGAUUCGCUUGUACACAUUGUUUCCCGGAGGAUGUGCAAAAUUUGAGUGAUAUGGCGAAGAUAGCGAUGAAUUGGCGGUUCGAAGCAGAGCCUUUGCUGGUUUAUUGGAGUAAACACUUGACCAAUCAGUUGCAUACGAUAAAUGUACCGGUGAACGCUCCGAUCGAGUUCGUCAUGUUUGAUAUAUCUGCGAUAAAAUACCGUUUUUGGCCAGCCAUCGAGUACUUCUUGGCGAAACUGAACACCGGUGUUAAAAUACGGCUGUGUGGUGACAUUAUCAAGAUAGAAGGUGGAUUGCUGCAUCGUAAAGAAGCGAUACUGGCUCUGCUGAACGAACGUGAAAAAGAUACCGUGUAUCGAGAUAAUAUGAUAAAUCUCGCGAAGAAUUACGAAGCGGUGGGUAAUUUCGAAGGUAUCCGCCGGAUUUACGCCCAACUGAAGGGAAAGUUGAACUCGACGAAUUUUGCACUUCUCAUCGAAGAAUUGGCGGUGCUUUCGAUGAAAAAUUUCCGCAAUUUCAACGCUCUGACACCUUUACUGAUGGAGAUUUGGAACGACGCCUGCGGCGUCGCAGACUGGUCGACGAUCGUAAUUGUUUUGCAGUCACGUAUCGCCGAAAAAUGUGUCGAUUUGGUGGACGAAAGUGCGAAAUUCAAUUUCAGCUCGAGAGACCGAUACCACCAGCCUUUGGAAUUUUUUCGUGUCUUGGCUUCGUCGUACGAACCGCGAAAUUUUCUCAAGAUGAAUUUUUAUUGGCUUGCGAUCUGGCAACCAUUCGACUCAGUGGUCGAAUUAAUCGACGAAUUUCAAUUCGGCACCGAAUACGUCGAAGAAUUGCGAACAGAGGCUCGAAAAAGUAUCGAUUUCGCUACUUUGCUGUUCUUAGAGGGUGGUCAGUUUGACGAAAUGAAUCGUUUCGUGUUGUUUUGUUACUCGGACCGGAACUCGGACAGAAUCAGCUACCUGAGGUUCAUCCUAACUGUCGAGGAUGGCGUUACAGCUGUUGCCGAUGCGUUAGAUCAUAUCGAUUGGAGACGCGUGCACGAAUUUGUCAACAGCGUCUACGAUGAUGACGUUGAAUUAAGGGAAACUACUAAUUAUCUACUGAUUUUGAAUGCUGUGGUAAGAGAGCUGCCCUUUUUCGAGCAAAUGAUGCAACGAGACGAAGCGGACAGCGUUAUAGAUUGUGUUGAAACUUUCGCAUCUAAUCGACAAGACCAUUUAGCGAUUGUGAAAUCGGCCUUCAUCGAUUUACUUCACGAAUACCUGGAUGAUCACCAAGAUUUCGUUUUUAAAUCGGCUACGUUCACCGAAGUGUUGAUUUGGGCCUGUGAUGGGUCUGAGGCAGACGUUGCGCAAUUUAAAGAGAACGUCGAUAUUGUGAAGACUUUUAUGACUCAAUUGAAAAGCUGCGUCGACGAAUAUACCUUCAGUGCGACCGAUUCGAUGGAUGAGUUUUUGCGUUGGUAUUACCCGGUCGAAAGCGACAGAAAGGCUUUUAAAUUGGAAAUGAUUAACUCGCACGGUGAAUGUGGAAUUAUCGGCGAAUGGCUGAAACAGAGAAGGUAUCGUCGACACAUGUUGCGUUGGUUUUUUGAGAAGGAUACGGAUGAAAUGAUGUAAAUUUGCGACUAAGAUAGUAUGUACCAGUAGGUUGGAUGUGGUUUUUGAAGUUGUUAAUGGAUGAUAGUGAUAUCAUUUAUCUCGUUUGUGAAUUCUAAGCUUUUUUAAAAAAAAAUUGUGUAUUUAAAUUAUUGAAGUGACGUAAUAAAUGUGUGAUAUUUUUACCUUGA